ACCGAUAAGUGUAGAAUGCUAAUGUGUAAUAGCUAUCCGAUAUUGGCACAUGUUAGCGAUUCUUUGUGCUAUGUGGUCAGUUGAAUCAGUGAUACGACACAAUGCAUCAAUGACAAGAAUAGAAAAUGACGUCAUUCAGUGUGCAUGAGGUCAUAAUUGAUUUGGAAACUUCAUCUCAAUAAACAUUUCUCAACAAACAUUUCCAGACAACAAACAUUUCCUAUGUUUGUUUUCGUUGGAAUUUUUAUAUUUCUGUCGGGUUGGGUUUAUGAUGUUGUUUGCUUUUUGUAUCGUAUAAACAUAUAGAAUAACCUACUCGGAAUUGCCCCCGUGGACGAAUUCCGUAGGUUCCAUGCCGAAAGUUUGAGAUUAACACAAUGUAUUAACUUAGGACAGACAAUCCAUAAUUCGGACUUUCAAAUAGCAUAUUUCCUAAUUAUACAGUCAACAUACACAACAUACAGCGAAUGUCAAUCCACAAUUUGCUGGACGAUGGUUGGGCUUGAGGCGGGUCAGACUGUAUGGUUACAUAAAUAUAUCGAUCCACAUGAUAUACAUGUGCGUAGUCAGUCAAAACAAGCAUAUGUCCUUGUCUAUACAAUAUCUGAGAUCCGAUAAGUGACUUACUCACUCACACGAAGAAACAGUCAUGGAAACUCCCUUGUCUCAAUGUCAGUAUGAGACUGAAAACAUCGCUAUAAAUUCGAAAUAUCAAGAAGUAUGUUGAACUGUUUCGCAGUUAUUUAAAGAAAGUUCAAUUCAAUAAAAUCUGCACAAUAGAAGUUGCAAUAGCACAGUGUGAAUGAACUCUCAUGCACGGAAACUGUGUUACAACUGGUCAUACAUAGUAUUUCCUGGUGAAUCUGAAACCCGGGGGUGACAACGGAGUCCGAAACAGAAUCUUCAAAGGCAGAUGCCCCAUUGUAUUUGGAGUACACCUCGUGAACAAUUGUGAUGUCACUGCUGCACCGUCCAUAAAAUUAUGUGGACGCAGUAACUGCACGGAAUGGUAACACGUUGCAACAGCAAAUGCAGAUAGGAUUUGUUUUCAAUCACCUAACCGUCUGUUGACGUUUCUGAACAUCCUACUGGCGUCACCCGGACUGUUUUCGAGGGUACCACAAAAACCGUAGCGUGGCAGUAUACACAAUAAACGAGGACUAUCUCUAUAAGCAUGGGACGAGCAGUGCACUCACCACACUGUCGCUACUGGGGCAUAUUGUCAUCCUGCACUCCACGCUACACGCCAGGCGGGAACUGUUCGGCAGCAGACAACAAGAUGUGACAUUAAAAAAAGCCCUGGACGAUUUCCGAGUGGACCAACGGUAACAAUUCUUCAGUAUCGUAGGAAUCCACGAAUUCCCGUUGGCCAUGGAGAGAAAUACGUUAACUGUAUGGAUGAUAAUAGCCGUUCUCUGGCAAGGUGCCUGGUCAUGCCCAUGGCCGUGUACAUGUCAUCAUAACAUCAAAGGGGAGGUAACUGUCGACUGCUCAAACAAGAACCUGACCUCGGUGCCUCAAGACAUCCCAAUAACAACCCAGCAUCUGGAUCUUAAACACAACAACAUCACUAUCUUAGAGAACAACACGUUCCUCGAGUUAUCUCUCCUACGUGACCUUGACCUAUCCUUCAAUUCGCUAACUCAACUUGAAAGGAGUGCCCUGCAUGGUCUUGGGUCAUUGGAGCGUUUAUACUUGGCAAGUAACCACUUGCACCUCAACAAUGACUCAUAUCCAGUCGGUGUCUUCUCGGAGUUGACGAAGCUGCAGGUACUAGAUAUUCAGAACAAUACUGAUGACGCCACAUUGGCACGAGCUACAAACUACCCUGACUUGACGGGUCUCGUGGCGCUCCGGGUUUUCCGUUCAGACUCGAUUUUCACACUUCAUUUUGGGAAGGCUUUUCAAACAGUUGUAAAUCUUCAAGAACUUGAUUUUAGCGGGUUUGCUGGCUACUGCUAUAUGUAUAAUAUCACUGAAAACAUGUUUGAAAACAUCAACACCAGCCAUCCGCUGAAACUGAACAUUUCCGAAUGUGGUAUAGCGCAUAUACAUCCUCGGGCAUUCAACGCAUUGCCAACGUUAGAAGUAUUAGACUUGACUGAUAACGGCCGUUUUCGUUUUCCAAAUUUAAUGAUUGCUUCUGAGAGUUUCAUAAACACGUCCUUAAAGGUUCUUAUGGUAAACACAAUCAACAGGGGAGAGUUCAUGACCUUAUAUGGUCAAUAUUUCCAGCAUCUUCGCAAGACCAGGCUCACCUCACUUACUCUUGACCACAACUGGGUUACAUGUUUGGACGAAAGGGCAAUGUUAAACCUACCACGAACAAUCAGAUAUCUGUCAAUCAAGGGCAAUAAACUAAUAGAUGCCAACUUCCUCCUAGGAAUUAUCUUACUACCAAAUAUAGAGUUCCUGGAUAUGGGACAUCAAGUAAUCAAUUCACGGACGGAGAAACGCAAGACGUUCUCCAUGGCCAAGCUGUCAACGACUUCAGAAUAUUGUCACAGUGGCACAAUACACACGGGUAUCGACAGUCCAAGAACUAUCAAACCGACCCGACACAAAGCAGACAGAGCCAUAGAAUACUUCAACAUGUCCAGUGAUUCAAAGGGUCCUUGUGACGACGACGACGAUGUAGAUGCAAUGUACGGCUAUGGUAUUCACAUAGUCAUCAUACCAUUGCCCCCAACUCUUCAUACCCUGAGAGCAGACUUCAUACGAUUGGGAUACACAUUACCAAAUCUCACAUUCACGUCAAGCAAUUCCCUUCGGUCUCUUAACAUGUCGACAGAUAUACUGUAUUGCUGGGGUGGUCCUUGGUACGGUCUGCACGAUCUGGAGCUAUUUGACCUAUCAUCCAACCAGUGCAAUGAUGUCAGUCCCAUCUUCUUCAAAGACAUGGCCAAUCUCACGCACCUGUAUCUCCAUGACAACAAUCUGGGAUGGUCGCUGGCAUUAGAUGGACAAGGCGAGAUAUUCUCAUCACAAGCAAAUCUACAAAUUCUUACCCUUAGCAAAAACCGAAUUCGCCAAUUACCGAAAACUGUGUUCCGUAAUUUAGUGAAUUUGGAACAGUUGAAGUUGGAUGAAAAUUCAUUGAACAAGCUCGGAGCAAGAAUCGGACAUAUGACGAAACUGAAAUACCUAGAUUUAUCCAGAAAUGAACUUGUAACGCUGGAUACCCAUAUGCUUCAGGAUCUGGAUGAAAUAGCCGCUUUUACCAACAUCACCAUCGACAUAUCGGACAACCCAUCACUUGAAUGCAACUGUGGCAACCUAGAGUUUGUGACCUGGAGUCUACGUACCAACGUCAGAAUCCGGUCUGUUAGAAAUAACUUGUGUUUCAUAAGGAAUGGUUCAUUUAUUCCAUAUGAGCAGUUCGAUAACAUGGCGAGAUCCCUGUGGUUUACGUGCAACGGCCAGACUCUCUUCACUAUAGUGUUGAGUUUGUUCAUCGUGGUCCUGUUCAUCCUAGCGAUGGCUAGCGUUGUCUACUACAAACGCUGGAAGUUACGUUAUCUUUACUACACUGGUAGGCGGCGCCUCAACCCGUUCUACCCCACAGACUACAUUGCGUCCUUCAAUAGACUGCGGGAUGUCUUUGUGUCCUAUGAUGAGGAUGACAUUACUUGGCGCCAGUUUGUACAAGGAGAACUACUCGAUAAAUUUAAGGAAAAUAAUAUUUCUUGUCUAAUCAGUGAGGUUGACUUUCUGUCCGGGAGGAGCACUCGGGAAAUCAUUGAGCAUGCUGUGUUGGGCUCCAAGAAAACUUUGGCGCUGAUAACUUCGGACUUCUUCGAAAGCAGAGAUCGGGAACUUGAAUUCAAUAUGGCGGUCAUGCACGGAAUGGAAACGCGACAGGCUGUUGUCAUCCCCGUUGCCAUGGAGGUGCUGGAUGAGGAAUCCCUCCCGCCAGAGGUGGCGGUGUUUCUGGAAGCGUAUCCAUGUCUGCCCUAUACAGGGGAUGAGGCUUUCUGGGAGGAACUUGUGAGAAGAAUAAAACACGACGACCAUGCAAAUGUCCAUAGUUAAUAGUAUGUGGAAGAGUGCCUUCACCAUUUGUAUAUGGCUGUUAAGUGUUCGUGAAGACAGUACAUUUAGCAAACAUAAGGUUACCAUGUCAAUGUCAUAUUCAGAUGUUUGGAACAUGCCGACCGUAAUCCAUUGGCAACACAAAUACAAAAUGUGUAUGUUUAGUUUUGGAUUUCGCUUUGCGUUGACUGAUCAGGAAGUAGGAGUGAGUGAGUUUAGUUUUACGCCGCAUUCAGCAAUAUUGUAGCCAUAUGGCAGUGAUCUGUAAAUAAUCGAGGCCGGACAAGACAAUCCAGUGAUCAACAGCAUGAG